UCACGUUUUGUUAAAUAGAUCUAAUUUAGUUCUUAUUUAAGAACUUAAUAUUACAUCUUUAAACCAAAGUAAAAUAUACAAAUAUUGACAACUAUCGGUCUAAUUAUUUCAAUAAGCAAAGAUUAUAGAAUAAUUUCGUUAAGUGUAUAUAUCGAAGAGAAAAAAACAAAGGACAAAUCGGUCAAUUCACUAAUUUGAUAUAAACGGUACCAACAGAUGACGAAGCGCCUCUCUAUAUAUAGAGUACCUUCUUUCCCAAGAAACACUAUCAUCUUCAUAUUUUACAUCUUCCGUUUCUUGUUUCUCUCCCUUCAUCAAUCAUCAUCAGCAUUUUCCUUAAAUCUUCUUCUUCUAAGAGAUCUUAGUUUCACUGAAGAACGAAGAUGAUGAAGUCAAGACGUGAACAAUCAAUCGAAGAAGCAAUCGUCGCAAAUUAUUUGAAGAUGAUGAUCGAUAACGUAAACGUUUGGCCUCGCCACUUCCUCCGAAGCGAAGACGUGUACUGCAAGAAUCCGUGGACGCUUUUCGUUACUAGAGAUCCUAUAAUCCUACACUUCGGACGAUACUUCUUCGUUAAUCGGAGUGUGAAUUCAGGUUUAACCGAUGGAUGUGAAUACGGUUGUUGGAGAAUCAUCGGUCGUGAUAGAGUGAUCAAGUCGGUGACGACCGGGAAGAUUCUAGGGUUAAAGAAGGUUUAUAAGUUCUGUGAAACUGAUCGGAAACCGAAAUCGGUUUUUAAGUUCUUGGAAAAGGAGAAGAGAAGAGUAAGAGAUAGACGAAUCUGGGCGAUGGAAGAGUAUAGGUUUGCAAGUACGUGGAAACAAGAUUACGUGAUCUGCAAGAUUCGACGUCUGUAUCCACAACCAUUUGACUACAUGUUGGCCCAGCACAUUCGAGGUUACUAUAAAUGAAUCACUGAUAUUCUGAUCCUGGAUUUGAACACUCGAUUACUGUUUUUGGUGUCACGUUAUUGAACCCGUUGUUUGGGAAUUUUCAUGUAUUCUCAUUAUCCAGUUUCUUGAUUUCUCUCAUUCAUCUUUGUUCAAUCUUUUUGUUUGUUUGGGGCAAAUCGUCUCUGUACAAUCUUUAUGUUACUAGAAUUGAAAAGAAAGAUUGGUGGAAUCGUUUUAAAACUGUGGCAUCUUUAAGUGUUAUUUUUGGU